CGCGGGCGGUAGAGGCGGCGCGGCGGAGGCGGAGCGGGCGCUGCGGCAGGAGGGAAGAUGGCGGACGAGGAGAAGCUGCCGCCCGGCUGGGAGAAGCGCAUGAGCCGAAGCUCAGGCCGGGUGUACUAUUUCAAUCACAUCACCAACGCCAGCCAGUGGGAGCGGCCAAGCGGCAACAGCAGCAGCGGCGGCGGCAAAAAUGGACAGGGGGAGCCCACCAGGGUCCGCUGCUCACACCUGCUGGUCAAGCACAGCCAGUCCCGGCGGCCCUCGUCCUGGCGGCAGGAGAAGAUUACCCGGACCAAGGAGGAGGCCCUGGAGCUGAUCAACGGCUACAUCCAGAAGAUCAAAUCGGGGGAAGAGGACUUCGAAUCUCUGGCCUCGCAGUUCAGCGACUGCAGCUCGGCCAAGGCCAGGGGAGACCUCGGUGCCUUCAGCAGAGGUCAGAUGCAGAAGCCAUUUGAAGAUGCCUCCUUCGCGCUGCGGACAGGGGAGAUGAGCGGGCCCGUGUUCACGGAUUCCGGCAUCCACAUCAUCCUGCGCACCGAGUGAGGGUGGGCGGCCGGGCCUGGCCUGGGGGGCGGGCAGGGGGCUGGGCCUGCAGACUCCACUGCCCGCAGCCCGCCGGCCGAUGGGCCCCCUCCCUGCUACCGUCACGCAGUAUUUAUUGUCCCCAGAAUGGCUGGGGGGGAAGCUCCUCACCACUGGGAGUUCCCUGUCUGCCCCCACUUGGGGCUGCCCCUGCCAGACUCUCCUCCCCUUUAGGAAUUGACUUCAGAAGGGCAGCUGGGGUGGGGAGACCCAGGGGCUGGGGGUGCCCUGUCCCAAAGAGAAGGCCUAGUCAGCUGAGCUGUCCCCUGGGUCCCCCUGGGUCCAGGGCGGGGGCUAGGGGCCUUUAGUUGUUUCCACUUUUGCCAUGUUCCUCUGUUCAGUUGCAAAAAGCAGAUGCUGUGUGUGGGGCCCAGGGGGCUGGGGGCCCUCUCCAUGGCAGUGCAGCACCCCGACCCUGAUUAAACCUGGAACCACUGCUCUGC